AUGAAACGCUCCGGAAAUUGCAGGAAGCGAGUUGCUUGUUUUAAAUCGAGUGCAGAAAAGAGACUGAGAUUGAAAGAGCGUGUUGUCUUGCCAGUUCCGUGUCACAAAGAGAAAGAGAACGAGCAGGAGUGUGUCACUCCGCCAUCAUCCCGACGAGGAAUGUUAACGAGCGUCAAGCGACGCGUUGGAUUGGUUGGCAAUCGACAAAUGAGUGGAUUUAGAAAGGUGACGAUUUCGUCUGAGAGUCGGGCCUCACAGAAAUGUGGCGGGAGCAAAUCACGCUCUCUCACUCAGUCAGGUGUUGUGGACCUACCACUUGGCGGGAAUUCAUUUUCUUGUUUGGAUGCGUCUGACAUGGACGCUCAGAUGAUGGAAUGCAUGAAUGCAAUUGAGAAUGUACAAGAUUUGGGCAGGAAUUCCGAAAUUGUAUUGAAGUGUGGAGAUGGCAGCUCAUCUCUUGGGUUUGUUAGAGCUUCUGAAUUAGCGGAGAUACAGGGCAUGUUUGAGACUACCGAUGGUGCUGAUGAUAGUGAGGUGAAUGAGUCCCAGACUUUGUUGUCUCCACUUCAAUUGGAGCUGAAGUCUUGGAACUUGCCUGACAAAAUAGUUAAACGAUACAAAGAUAUUGGAAUAACUCACAUGUUUAGUUGGCAGGCAGAGUGCUUGUUGACAUCGAAGGCAUUGCAAGGUGGCAAUCUUGUCUAUUCGGCUCCGACUAGUGCUGGCAAGACAUUAGUAGCUGAACUGCUUAUUCUCAAGCAAGUGAUGGAGACAUGUCGUAAGGCACUCUUUAUUUUGCCUUUUGUCAGUGUAGCACAAGAGAAAACACGUUAUCUUCGUGCGUUGUUUCAAGAUGUUGGGCUUCGUGUGGAGGCAUUUGUUGGCAGUCAGUCUCCAGCAUGUGGAUUGGCUGCAGUCGAUGUAGCCGUUUGCACAAUUGAGAAAGCUAACAGUUUGGUAAACAGGCUUUUAGAGGAGAGAGAGAUGAAACAACUUGGCAUUAUUGUAGUUGAUGAGCUGCACAUGGCUGGUGAUCAAAACAGAGGCUAUCUUCUCGAGCUGCUGCUUACCAAAGUUCAGUUUGUAACUUCGGGUGCACAAACCUCGGAUUGUGUUCAGAUUGUUGGGAUGAGUGCUACACUUCCUAACCUUCAGAUUGUUGCUGAUUGGUUGCGUGCAGAUGUUUACUGUACAUCAUAUCGUCCAGUUCCUUUGACUGAAUACAUCAAGAUUGGCAAUCAAAUCUACAAUAAGAAGAUGACACUUAUUCGCGCUAUUCCAGAAUCGGAGAUGUUGAGUGAUGAUCCCGAUCAUGUCAUAUGGCUGUGUCAGGAAACAGUUAGUGAGGGCCACUCUGUACUCAUAUUCUGUUCAACAAAAAAUCAGUGCGAGAAACUAGCGGAGAGGAUAGCUGCAAAACUUACUCGAGGUUCUAGGGGAUGUAACAUUUAUAUUGAUUCAAGUCAAGUAAAGCGACUUAGAGAGCAGUUGGAGAGAACAUCAACAGGGAUAGAUCAUUUGCUGGCCAAGACACUGUUUAGUGGAGUAGCGUUCCAUCAUGCUGGCUUGACUGGCGAUGAGAGAGAAAUUAUAGAGAUUGGAUUUAGGCAAUCGGUCAUUCGGGUUCUCACUGCAACUUCAACUCUAUCAUCUGGUGUUAAUUUGCCUGCCAGAAGGGUUAUAAUCCGUUCUCCAGUUUUUCAUAGAACAACAUUGGAUGUGAUGACAUACAAACAGAUGGCAGGACGUGCUGGAAGGAAGGGAGUGGAUUCAUGUGGAGAAAGCAUUUUGGUAUGUAAGCCGACUGAGAAACAAAGGGGUGUAUCAUUGAUCCGAUCAAGUUUUAAACCAGUGAAGAGCUGUUUAAUGAGCGGGGAAUCAAUGGAUGGCAACUGCUCGGCUAUGAAGAGAGCUUUACUGGAGGUGAUUGCUAGUGGUGUUGCUGUAACAUAUAAUGAUGUGGAAAGGUACACAGAAUGCACUUUACUAGCUGCUGAAGUGAAAGCUGCCAACAGAAACACAAAUGCUGUUAAAGAAACACUUGCAUCUUCUUUGGAGUUUCUGCAUAAGAAUGAAUUUAUCAGCAUGAGAAGGGAUGCUGCUGGUGAAGGCGAUUCUGCUGCCAUUUUUUAUCCAACUCAGUUGGGAGCAGCUUGUUUAGCAUCUGCUCUAUCACCCGAUGAAGCGUUGAUUGUACUUGGUGAAUUGCAAAGAGCAAGGAAGAGCUUUGUGCUAGAAAAUGAACUUCAUCUUGUUUAUCAAGUGACGCCUGUCUUCUUGCAGAGACAAUGGCCUUGUCCUAACUGGUAUAACUUUCUUUCUCUUUGGGGUAGAUUGACACCUGAUUUGCUUCGUGUUGCUAAUCUUGUGGGUGUCAGAGAAUCAUUUCUUGCUCAGGCAGUGAAUGGUAGAGUUCUUAAGAGAACGCCAGAACAAAGGUCUGUUAGUCGUGUCCACAGACGUUUCUUUACAGCUUUAGCUCUUCAUGAUCUCAUACAAGAAAUUCCUCUUUCUGUUGUGGCAACUCGUUAUGGUGUGUCUCGUGGACUUUUACAGUCACUGCAGGCAGCAGCAGCCACAUUUGCUGGCAUGGUGACUGUAUUUUGUCAACGGCUGAGUUGGCACAACAUUGAGCUGUUGCUGUCUCAAUUCCAGAGUCGUUUGUGCUUUGGAAUAGAGCGAGAAUUAUGUGAGCUUGUCACAAUAUCAUUGUUGAAUGGACAUCGAGCUCGAGCUCUCUACAAUGCUGGAUUUAGAUCUCUCUCUAGCAUUGCUGUUGCAUCUCCAUUAGAAAUCGAGUCUGUUUUGAAAAAACUAACACCAUUUAGAAGCACUAGAGAUGAAGAUAUGAAUAGAAGUAUUGUCAGCUGGUUAACCAAACUUCGUAUGGGAGUAACAGAGGCUGAAGCAGCUGAAGAAAUUGUUAAAGAAGCUCAGUUUUUUAUCAAUGACAAGGGCAUUAGUAAUAAAACAUGUAUUGUAACAACAGAACCUCACAAGCAAACCAUUCUGAUGUUGAAGAUGGACACAGACAAGCAAACUGAUGAAGCGAAACAUGUAGAUAACGAGGGAAGUGUUUCUGCUAUACAUGAACAGAAAAGAAGUGACAUUAGUGAUUGCCAUAAUAGUGAAUUAGCAGAAGCAGAGCAAAUGAAAUCAAUGUCUGUUGGUAAUGUGGCUGUAAGUCACAGACACAAUGAGAAAGAUGACAAAGUUGAAGAUGAAGUGGGAAAAGAAGGACUGAAGUCUGAUGUCAUGGAGGAAUCGUGUCUGCUAUUUAGUGGUGAUGGUUUAAUCGGUGAUGGACAAAACAGGAAGUCUCCUACUUUGUCGUGUGUAUCAUCUGAUUUUGAUAAAAAGAAAGAAGCUGACAGUGAUCACAAGGCAGAAGAGCACGCGACUCAACCUGAAAGGGGCACUUGUAAACCAAAUGCCAUUGCUGAGACUCCAGAAUUUGCACAUCAGCUUUCUAAUUUACAAGAACUAGAUAGGAUUACAUCUAACUUGUCUUUAGAUGUUGAAGUCAAUCCACAGAGUGUUCAUAUGUGCCACGAUUCUUUGCUUAAACAACUUGAAUCUCCUGUUGCUUUCAGUUCUGACUCUAAGGAUUUGACAAGAAGGCAAAUGCCAUUGGCCAUAUCAACACCUGUUAUGGAUCAUUCUAAAUAUUUUGAGUCAAACUCAGUGAAUGACUUAAUGGCAUGCAGACAUCCAUUGACACGGUCAGUUCAGGAGAAAUAUGAAUCUCCAGUCUGCACCAUCUUAUCUGGAAGCAUUGUAGCAAUCACGCCUGAUUAUGGAACAUCACCUCAAAACUACAUGUCGGCUGAUUUUAGUUCAACAACCAUGCGGCUAUUGGAAGCUGCAUGUUAUGAAGCGGAAAACAAACAAAUGUCUAAUCUGCAUAGGCUGGAGAAUGAGUUGGACAAUCAUUCAGUAAAACGUCUCUGUUUUUCUAAGAGUGAACUGAAUAUGAUGUCCGGAAUAGAUGCGAAGGAGUUGCAACAGACUACAGAAGUAAAUGAAGUAGCAGUUUAUUCAAAGAGCCAACAGUCAGUGAAACAACAUUCGUCGUAUCUAGCAUCAGUACAUCAUUUGCUGCAGAAAGAGAAAAUAUUGCAUGGUGACAUUAAUACUGAAACAGAAAGGAUUACAUUGUGCAAUAGAACUGGCAAACAAGGUUCAACUGCAAAGGCUUUGCCAACUCACCAUACUGUGUUUCAGAUGAGACAAGCUCAAGGCAAUUUGCAUAUCAUUGAUGUCGCAGCUGACAAGGAGUCAUUUCAAUUGUUUUUGACAAAGUGGAAAUCACAGAGUCGUUACUCUUUAUGUCUUGCUUGUUAUCAUGUCUCUGAUACUGCCUUUUGUCAAAGUCAUUUUAGAAGACGACUAGUUAAUAAGCAUGUCCAUCUUGGAGGCAUCGAUAUCCCAAACUCCACGGAGAGAAUAAUCGGCCUUGCUGUAUGUUGGAAUAGUAAAGAUGCAUAUUUCUUAUCACUGGCUCUGUCACCUGAACAAUCUAGUGAUGUAGAUGAGGAGGACUUGGAAUCGAGGUCAUGUGAGCCUCUUGUUCACAACAGUGUGACUCGGACUAUGCUACUUAAUGGUUUACAAGAUGUGUUAGAAGGUCGUGAUGCAUCAUCUGUUUGUGUAAUGUUUAAUGUGAAAGAGCAGAUCAAGAAAUUGUCGGCAGCCUGUAACUUGUCAAUUGUUCAAGGAUCGUUUGCAGAUCCCAAGGUUGCAGACUGGCUACUUCGACCUGAUGAGAAGGAGAAAAACUUCUAUCGACUACUUUCCAAUUAUCUGCCAAAUGAGGUCAAUUCAAAGAAAGAAAGUAUUGGGUUUCUUGUAACAAAUCCUGAGUCACCACGUGUUAAAGCUUGUGCUGAAGCAGUUUUGUCAUCAAUUUUAAUGGAUCAUCUCAAACCGAUGCUGGAGGCUGAAAAUCUAUGGAAAGCAUUCACACAGGUCGAAAUGCCAUCAAUAAUUAGCUUAGCAAAAAUGGAAACUAAUGGGAUUGGAUUUUCUCGAGAGGAAUGUGAAAAACAGAAGGCCAUUUUACAGAAAAGGAAACUGUCUCUCGAACAAGAGGCUUACCAUUUGGCUGGUCGCAAAUUUUCUUUAUCCAGCCCAAAGGAUAUAUCCAUGGUACUGUUUCAUGAGUUAGGCAUCUUCACUCCUACUGAUCUUUGCAUAAGAACAGUGAAACCCAGUGCAGCGAAACGAUGGAGACAUCUCGUUCAGUGUAGUACUUCAAAAGAUGUGCUAGAGAAGCUGCAAGGAAAUCAUCGACUUCCUGGUGUUAUAUUGGAAUGGAGACGAAUUCAUUGUGCAAUCUCCAAAACACUGUAUCCCAUUCAGAAGGCUCGACAAUGCAAUGCAAUGAUGGAUACUGAUCGAAUUUACUUUGUCUGUCAGACACACACAGCUACAGGUCGAGUUGUUGUUUGUAAUCCGAACUUACAGAAUGUUCCAAGAGAGUUUGAUAUUGGCACGGCUGUUAGCAUGACAACUAGUCCUUGUAUGCGGGUAGUGUCACAUCACGGAAAAAUUCAACGCUCACAAUCUCCAUUGAAAACCAUCACAACUAGUUCUAUUUGCAUGCGAAAUUUCUUUACAGCAUCUUCUGGCGCACUUCUUCUUGCUGCUGAUUACUCGCAGUUGGAACUAAGGCUCAUUGCCCAUCUUUCUCAAGACGUGAAACUAAGGGAUAUUCUUAGCAGUGGGGGUGAUGUAUUCAAGAUGAUAGCCAGUAAGUGGCUUUCUGUAGAUGUCGAUCGGGUCUCUCCAACACAACGACAACAAGCCAAACAAAUUUGUUAUGGCAUGAUCUAUGGCAUUGGAGCCAAAGCAUUAGCAGAGCAGCUUGAAGUGUGUGAAAGCAAUGCACUUCAAUUCAUGGAUUCGUUCAAAUCUCAGUACCCAGGUUUGAAGUCAUAUCUGAGCAAGACAGUGAUGAGCUGUCAACAGAGUGGAUACGUUGAAACUCUUAUUGGUCGGAAGAGGUAUUUGCCAGCAAUACACUCAAAACAAUUACAUGCUAGGAGUCAUGCUGAACGGCAGGCUGUGAACACAACAAUUCAAGGCUCUGCAGCCGAUUUAGUUAAGAUGGCAAUGAUCAAUGUAGACAAAAUGUUAGUUAAAAAAUAUCCACCCACGCAUGAUGGCAAGCAGCGUGGUGGAAUGCUGGUGUUGCAAAUUCAUGAUGAAUUAUUGUACGAUGUUGUGGAGGAAGACCUUAUGUCUGUGGCUGCAAUUGUUCAACACGAACUGGAGCAUGCUCUCGAACUAUCUGUCCCGCUUCCAGUCAAACUACGAGUCGGAGUUGCGUGGGGCAGUUUGGAUACCCUGAAGAUUGAUACUGACUAAUCAUUACAACACAUUUAUGUAUAGAUUUGUAAAAAUAGCGUUAAUUACAUCAAGAUACCACUAUCAGAGCAAGAAACCUUUCUAACAAAACAGCAUCAAUUAUUCAGUAGGAUGAUUACUACUUGCCCACUAACUGAGCCCAAGUUCGUGUAGCCUCUAGAUAUGCAUCUGGUUUGAGUGGACUGUAGUCCAAGUAUGUGAAGUCAUCA